GCACUUUUGCACAAUACCCAUUUUGUCUGGUUGAGAUCCCCUAACUAAGUUGCGUGAUUUUUGCCUGAAUCGAAGCGGCAGUGAGCUAACUUCAUUGUUUGUACAUGCUGAUAAUUUAUUCAUUUUCAGUUGAAUUAUUUCUAAAAGGGGAAGAUGGCAAGUGGAAAUGAUGAUGAACUUGGGCCAGCAGUGUUUGAUUCAGCCGCUUCAGGUGAUGUUCAAAGGCUGCGGUCGCUGUUGCGUUUCAAGAGAGCUACCAGGGUAAAGGAUUCUUUGUCAUGGAGAGAUCCGUUCAACCGCACACCUCUUUUAGCUGCUGCUGCUGCUGGCCAAACUGAUAUGGUGCGAGUCCUUGUAGAAGAAUACGGAACAAAUAUUGAAGAGUCUAAAUUCAAUAACUAUGCCAAUGAGGAGCUUACUCCUUUGGUGUAUGCUGCCAACGUUGGGCACCACAAGACGGUCGAAGUUCUCUUGAAGAACCGUGCAAGGGUGGACCAUGCUUUUCCUUUGCACAGAGCUUGUUUUGCAAGUUCCGCUGGGAAUCUGAAAUGUGUCAAGCUACUCAUGGCACAUGGGGCUGAUGUGAACAGGAAGUAUGUAGGCAGUCAGGAAGAUGGGGAAAUGAUGGAUGGGAGCACGCCUCUUGCCGUUGCAAGUGAACAUAUGUGCACUAACAUUGUGGAGUAUCUUUUACAGAAUGGAGCUGACCCGAAUAUCCCGGACAAGCAAGGGAAUCGGCCGAUGCAUUCCGCGUUCAAUGCCAUGUGGCAUCAGCAUUCGGAGCAGAGAUGCAGAGGGGGUUGUGUUAAAGACGGUGAAAGAAUCAUCAAGAUGCUCGUCCAGCAAGGGGCAAGGCAGGUUCAAAAUGAAAUGGAAUUGACUCCUGUCAUGAUCGGAGCAUUGACUGGAAACCUUCUAGUGGUCUUAGACAGUACAGGAAUCAUGAGUAAUCUUUCACAUGAGGAAACAAAGGAAGCCCUUGAACUGAUGGCAUCGCACUUCUUCCUUAGGGAGAGACACCAGAUAGGAUUGGAGACCCUGGCCAAGGCUCUUGCUUCACCCUGUAAGAAACCCAAUGGUCUACAUGUACCUGAAGGAGAAUCUCCAUAUGGUGACUUCUGCGAGCCUGUGACACUAAAGGAUCUAGACAGGAUUAGAUCCAAUGAAACCUACCUUCAAGUGAUCUCACUGAUGAUACGUGAAAGAAUUCUGUCUAAGGAAGCUCAGAAGUAUUAUCUUUGGCAGGCCAUAAGGGAUUUUGUAGACCGCUGUAGACCCACCCCAGAAGGUAAAAGCUUGGCUCUUCUGGCACUGCGACAUGAAACAAAUCUUGAGAUGGAGUCUGGGUUCUUCUGUGGAUUUGCUGUUGAAAGUAUGAUUAGGCUGCUGGAUCCUACUCAAGUCAAUCUUGCAGACAGUAACCUGGAGGAGAUUGUGGUUCUUCUAAAGUUAGCAGCAAUUAAUUUAUCCCCAGAUGUAAGUGAAAUGACACUUGAAAAACGAAGAGAAGCUGUGCAGUACCACAGGUUCAAGUCGACUAAUAUCUUACUACUGCUAGGUGUCUAUGCAAACUACCCUCAGCUGAGUAGCGAAGACAAGGAACUUCUCUUCACCUUGGUGCAACAGUUCGUCUUUGCAUAUCAAAUGACAAUAGAUGUUGUGCACAAACUUCAUGCGGCUUCUGCUCAAGAGGGAAUGGAGGAUGUUGCUGCUGUGAGAAACACCAAUCAGAAUACAGGAAUGUCUGUCUUUCAUUUAUACUACCCAGUAGUAGCCCGUCGAAGGCCAACAGAGGAAGAAAACAUCAAGGAGCGCAUGGUGAUCAUGCUGCUCAAGUCUGGUGCAGACCCAUGUCUUGUUGAUAUCGAUGGGUACAACGCUCUUCACUUCCUGGUAAAGAGAUGUCCAGCUUCUAAACAGACAGAAACAUUCCGGAACAACAUUGUGGUCCCGUUAACAGAAUGGGGUUGCCCGAUUCUCAAGAGGAACUCUGAAACAGGUCGAAGUGUUAUAGAGGACUGUACCAACCCGGAAACCAAACAACUCCUGAUAGACCUAUCCUUGCCACCACUCUUGAAUCUAUGCUGCCGAGUGAUCCGCAAGAAUAAGAUUCCUUACCGAUCAAGUGUUCCUGUUACCCUUGCAGCUACUCUUGACAUGAAUGUGUGAUUGAUCAAAAUAUAGGCCUACACUAACAUCAAAAGCAAUGAAAGUUGAUCGUGACAUUGUAUAAUCUUUGAAAGACUUAGUAUUCCAUUUCAUACUGAAAGAUUUCCUAUAUUCCAAGCAGAUUUUUUAGAUUAAUAGGUCUCAUUCAAAGUACAUUACAACAGGUGUUCUAACUUCAUAAAGUGUGCUCUACAAACUUACCUUGCUCUUUAUGACAAAUGUGUUACAGCAUAUUUGCUAUUAAGAACAAUAUGACCUCUUGUUUAUGAUAGAUCAUUCUUACUACAUUUGUGUUCUGUACAUAAAUUGUAAUAGAGCAUGUCUUUAGCUUUGAUAAAGGGUCAAUAAUGUGCAUCAUACUGAACUAUUAUCUAAUAUUCCAAUCUUAUAAAUUUGUAUUAACGUUUUAUCUUUUUUUUUCAACUGUGAUUCUCUGAAAAUUUCAAACCAAAUAUAUCUUUUGCACUCUGUUACAUCAGGGGGGCGUUUCACCAACAUUUUUGUCCGACAAGUUGUCAGAUCUGACAUCUUUCCUUGAUUCUGAUUGGCUGA